AUGUCGGCCGGAACGGGCACCGCGUCUACGGGCGGGUCGGUGAGUCUGGCGGCGGGCGCAGGGUCGACGGGUGGAUCGUUCGCAGUAGUGGCCGGGCAAGGCACGCUGACAACGGGCGGGGCGAUCACGGUCACGGCAGGACAGGGGCAAACGCUUGGAGGUGGUGUCAGCGUUUUGGCGGGGGAAGGUGUAUCGACGGAUGGCGGGUCUAUCACCAUUACCGCUGGCGUCGGUGAGGUUGAUGGAGGAGCGGUCACGAUGGCGGCCGGAACCGCAGAAAAUGGCGACGGAGGAGAUGUGAGCGUCUUCGCCGGCACCAGUACCAACGCCGACGGUGGGUCGCUCACGAUGGUGGCCGGUGGCGGUAGCGUGGGUGGCGGCCUCGUGUCCGUGACGAGCGGAAACGGCGGUGCGGACGGCACAGGGGCCGUCACCAUCUCGUCGGCCGAUGCCACGAACUCAGGUAGCAACAGUGGUGUCAUGACCUUCAGCUCCGGUACAACCACGUCCGGUAACACCGGCGCCGUCAACAUCGGUAGCGGCGCCGCCGUGGGGGGCACCGGAGGUGAUGUGACUCUGACGGUGGGCAGCGGAGGCACCGGCGAGGGCGGUCUGGUCAGCGUGGCGGCCGGUGCGUCGACGGCGGCCACCGGAGGAUCGGUGACCAUCACCAGCGGUGUGGGUACCGACACCACCAGCGGCGCGAUCACCAUCCGAUCGCCCAACGCCGGCACCGUGGGCGUGAGCGGCGCCAUUGUGUUGAGCUCGGGUACCACCAGCUCCGGCACCAGCGGCUCGGUGCUCAUCGGAAGUGGCACGGCGGUGUCGGGAGCUGGCGGAGCGGUGAGUCUGACGGUGGGCACCAGCGCCUACACCACGGGCGGGACGCUCACCUUGGCGGCCGGCACGGGCGUGACGGGCGGUCCUGUGUCGAUGUCGGCCGGAACGGGCACCACGUCUACGGGCGGGUCGGUGAGUCUGGCGGCGGGCGCAGGGUCGACGGGCGGAUCGUUCACGGUAGUGGCCGGACAAGGCACCGGGACGACGGGCGGGGCGAUCACGGUGACGGCCGGUGAAGGAGGGACGGAUGGCGGCGCGUUGAUCAUGGCAGCAGGAUACGGUGGUGACAGUGGUGGCCUCGUGGCUGUGUCUAGCGGGGCCGUGACGGACGGGAACAGCGGGACCGUCACCAUCGUCUCCGCCAACGCCGGUACAACGGGCCACAGCGGUGUCAUGACCUUCAGCUCCGGAACAACCACGUCGGGAGACACCGGCGCCGUCAACAUCGGUAGCGGCGCCGCUCUGGGGGGCACCGGAGGUGAUCUGACUCUGACGGUGGGCAGCGGAGACACCGGCGAGGGCGGUCUGGUGGAGAUGGCGGCCGGCGAGUCGACCACGGCCACCGGAGGAUCGGUGACCAUCACCAGCGGCAAGGGCACGGCCACCACCAGCGGUGCGAUCACCAUCCGAUCGCCCAACGCCGGCGUCGCGGGCGUGAGCGGCGCCAUUGUGUUGAGCUCGGGUACCACCAGCUCGGGGACCAGCGGCUCGGUGCUCAUUGGAAGUGGCACGGCGGUGUCGGGAGCUGGCGGAGCGGUAAGUCUCACGGUGGGCGCCAGCAGCUUUACCACGGGCGGGGCGCUUGCGCUUGCUGGUGGAGACGGUUCAACCGGCGGGGCAUGCAGCGUUGUGAGUGGGACCGGAACGUCCAGCACCGGAGGAGCCAUGCUAGUUGCCGGUGGGAAUGGUGUAACGGGUGGCACCGUAUCGAUAUCUGGUGGAGCAGGUGGAGCCGGUGGCCAUUUGAGUCUGACCGUUGGUGUCGCCGCAUCAGGAGUCGGGGGGGCAGUUAACCUCGUGGCCGGGACCUCCUCCAACGAUAGGGGCGGUGACGUUCAGAUAGCCAGCGGAUCGGGUACUACGUCAAGCGGAUCGAUUACGAUCCUCUCGCCAGACGCAGGCGCAAAUGGAGAGAGUGGAGCUAUGGUGUUUAGCUCGGGCACCACCACUCUCGGCAACAGCGGGUCGAUCCUCAUCGGUAGCGGUACAGCGAUCCAAGGGAGGGGUGGGGCCGUCAGUCUGACCGUUGGAUCUGGCACAAUCGAUCCCGGUGGAUCGCUUUCAAUCGCAGCGGGAGAAUCGACCGCAGCCACAGGAGUCGGGGGGCUACUAUCUAUUAACGGAGGAGCAGGUGCUGGGACCACCGCCAGCGCCGGUGGUGCGGUGGUUAUCACGGGUGGCACCGGUUCUAAAAGCACUGGUGGGCAAAUCACACUCACCUCUGGAACGGGCACAGAAACUUCUAGCGGGGACGUCUCGAUCCAAAGCGCUGCCGCGGGUACAGGAGGCAUAAGUGGCGCUUUGACUUUCAGCUCAGGUGCGUCCACCGACGGAAACAGCGGCGCGAUUAGCAUCGGAUCUGGGACCGCUGGGAAAGUUACAACUGGCGGACGGGGUGGGGCUCUCAGCCUGACGGUUGGAUCCGGGACGAGUGGUGUCGGCGGAGCGGUGUCAAUCACAGCAGGAGAUACCUCCGAUGCCAGUCUCGUUGGAGGGGCAAUCAGCAUCAAGACUGGCGGAAACGCCGGCGCGAACCCGGGCACGCUCACGCUUGAAAGUGGGGACGGCACUACGACUGCCACCCUAGCGUCAGAGUUCGACCUCAGCAGCAGCGGGGGCAUUGACCUGGUGACAACGGGCACGGCGGCGAUAACGCUCACUUCUGCUAGCAGCAUAUCUCUUACUUCCACUUCGUUUGUGUCGUUGGCUGCUUCUACUUUGCAAGGUUGGGACAUGGCGACUGCUACAAUAGACGAACCCGUUGGUACUCAGACCGCCAUCAUCAACAGUAUAGUGGGAAGUUAUACCCGAAAGUGGACCGCGAAUCCCGGAUACCCCUCGACCGACAUCGUUCAAGGCGAGUUGACGUAG